AUGGGGAAGAGUUUUAUUAACAACGGAUGCCGCUUAUUGAGCAAGUAUACGGCUUCAUGUGAUUACGAAAUCGUUCCCCUUAUAUUAGCCAGAGGAGGGUCAAAAGGUAUACGACUUAAAAAUCUACAGAGAGUAGGUGGUUUAAGUCUUAUCGCACGAUCUAUUUUAACGGCAAGAAAAGCAGGAUUAUCGAACAUAACUGUAUCUACUGACCAUCCAUUGAUCGCUUUGGAAGCUUUGAAAUAUGGAGCUUCACCUUUUCGACGAAGUUUUAUAACAGCUUCACAUUUUGCUCCAUCAAUUUGGGGCGUGGAGGAGUUUAUUGCCUCCACACCAAAAGCUAAAGUAGUAGUUUUGAUUCAAGCGACUUCUCCUUUUAUUUCGUACUUAAAUCUUAAAGAUGCUAUCAGAAAACUGCAUUAUCCAAAACCUUAUGAUUGUGUGUUUGCAGCGACAAGAAGCUUUAAACUACGAUGGAACUUCGUGAAUGGAAAGCUAAUUCCGAAAAAUUUUGACAGCGUUAGAAGACCACGGAGACAAGACUGGCACGGUGAAUUAAUAGAAACUGGGGCAUUUUACAUAUCACGAGUAGAAUUAAUAAAACAAGGACUUUUACAAAAUAACAACUGCACCGUUUUCGAAACUAAACCCAAAGAAAGUUUGGAAAUUGAUUCUUAUUACGACUUGAAAGUUGCAAAUGUUUUACUUAGUUCUAACUUAAUUUUGACUUAGUUUCGACCAAUUAAAGUUUGACAAAAUAAACACUUUUUAA